GGUGCGCUACUGUGGUUAAAGGUUAAGUAAGAAUGUCGAGAGGUGCUGGCUAUGAUAGAUAUAUAACAAUUUUUUCACCGGAAGGUCGUUUGUAUCAAGUUGAGUAUGCAACCAAGGCUGUUAACACAGGAGGUUUGACUUCACUGGGCAUACGCGGCUCAAAUUGCUGUGUCCUCAUAACCCAAAAAAAGAUCCCUGAUAAACUUAUAGAUCCUUCUACCGUUACUCAUAUGUUUCGGCUAACUGAAACUAUUGGUUGCGUUAUGACGGGAAUACUACCUGAUGCUCAGUCACAGGUACAACGCGCCCGUUAUGAAGCUCAGGAAUUUAAGUAUAAGAUGGGAUACGACAUGCCUGCUGACUUGCUAGCAAAGCGGAUGGCUGAUUUAAGUCAAAUAUACACGCAACAGGCAUCUAUGCGCCCUCUUGGCUGCGCGAUGAUUAUAAUUGCGGUGGAUGAGGAAGUUGGACCGCAACUUUAUAAAAUAACCCCAGCUGGUAGCGUGGCCGGUUACAAAGCCACUGCUUGCGGUGUUAAAGAACAGGAGGCUACCAGUUUUUUAGAAAAGCGAAUAAGAAAGAAUCACCAGUGGGAAGAGGCGGAGGCAGUUCGGAUUGCCAUGUCCGCCCUUUCACAUGUGCUGUCAGCUGAAUUAAAAGCCAAUGAACUUGAAGUUGCAAUUGUGAGUAAAGAAAAUAGAAAGUUUCGUACUCUUACAGAGUUGGAAAUGGAAGGGUAUCUCUCGGCCAUGGCCGAGCUAGACUAG